UUCCGAGAGAAGCGACUAAGUCCGUGCCAGCCCGUCCGGUAGCCAAGUCACCUGCAGCCGCUGGUGGAAGCAAAAACAACCAGCGUUAUUUCCGCAUCCCAUUUGUGCGCCCAAGUGACCAGCACCGAGGGGAUCACCAGCAGCAGAAGGGAUGGUGGUACGCUCACUUUGACGGUGACUGGAUUGCUCGCCAGAUGGAGAUCCACCCGGACAAACCACCGAUCUUACUCAUCGCAGGCCGUGAUGAUAUGCAGAUGUGCGAGCUGAGCUUAGAGGAGACAGGGCUGACAAGGAAGCGUGGGGCAGAGAUCCUUGAGCAAGAAUAUGAUAAAGAAUGGAACCGUCAUGGAGGGAAGCCUUACGAACGCCCAGCAGAACGGAGACGUUGAUCAAGAUUGAUUGGGCUUAGAUUAAUUGAUUGACAGAUUGAUGAAUUAAUUUGGUUGACGGAUUGAUGGAUGAAGAGGGAAAGUGAUAGCGAAAGAAGUAUAUACUGUAGUCAUCUUUCCUCCAGAUCGCCUUUGUCUCUUGGCUUUCUCUGGUCUUGUGAUUUUUUUUCUCACCCCACCUGUGAUGUCACGUUUCCCCCAGAUAGAAAUUGUUGUUUGUUUUUAGUUUCUGUGUCAUGUGAUUUUAGAUGUCAGAGAGAACAUGUGAUUUGCUAGAACAUUUUUGGUGAUUUAGUUCAGUGCAUUAUUACUUAAGAAAAAUAUUUUGUUAUUAUUAUUGUUAUUAGUAUUAUUAUUUUGGUAUUGAGCACUCUUUUUGAAGGAUUUCUCUUUGUGGAAUGAACACAUAAAGUCACACUCUGAAUUAGUAGUAGCAGAUAUUUUUUCCCCUCAUGAAUGGUUGAUGAGAUAAGAAAAGGAAAAGAAUAUCUUUAUCUAAUAGAGAAGAAAAGUAAAAAUGCAAAUCAUUAAUUUGCAUAUGCCCUUGCAAGACUCAGUUAACAGAAAUAAACUUUUUGUAUCAUAAUCACAUCAUUAUAAGUAAUGCAAGCAGAAUCAUAUCAUUGAGAGAAAUAUAGGAAAAAGAAAAAAAAUGGAAAGUGAAUUUAAGUAGAGCACUUAAGCUUGUUGUAACUAUUCAGCGCUGAGGGGGUGGUGAUUCCCAGCAUUCGUCUGUUAAGCGAUCAUGCAGAUAAUUGCUGUUGGUGCUUCCUUUGGUCUAGGGUGUGCUCUGGCCUAGGGUCAGGACAUGCUACCAAUGUUGCCUUCAGGUGUGGCUCUACAGCACACUUAGACAUUGUUUUUUCUUAUAUGACAUUUCCAAUGUUCCUAUUUUGAACUGUAGGCAGAGCAUGUUUCUAAUGACAUUACAAAGGACUCGCCCAUAGUUAUGUGUACACAAGAUUACCAGGAAGUUUGUGAAUGGAAUGUAAUAUAAAGGGUGGGAUCUUGAGAACAUGGAAAAAAGGCAGCCAUGUGAACAUCAGCCUCUUUAAUUUGCAGCAAAAGUGAUAAUUGAAGGGCAUUAGAACUUUCAAUCUAAUGAGUAAUUACAAUGAUUGUGGAUAUUAUUUUUAAUGUAAUUAUUUCUUUAAAUGGAUUUAUUUAUUGUUUAUCUAAUUGCUAUAAUAAGAAAUUGUGGGAUAAGAUAAGUGCAGCUUGUAAGCAUGCAGCUUUUACAUGUUGUAGGUAAUGAAUGUGUUUCUCAUGUGGUGUUGUAGGGGAAAGGAAAACCAUGUAGUCAUUUAACAUUUUUAUACGCAUUUUAAUGCAUUUGUAUUCCCACACGCUGAUGGUAUUUAUUGAAAGCUACUGUGAGUAUCAUAUGGGAAGGUGCAGCUAUGUUUUAAUUUGUGAUUUUUUUUACAAACAGUAGGCAAGGUUGCAGCAUUUGUUUGGGGUAACCCUCAUCCCCAUUUUUUGCUCUUUUUUUUUUUUUUUUUUUUUUUUUUUGGACAUUUCCUUUUAAUGCCAUUCUUGGCCAUUUAGAAAAAUUGUUAAUACAGAUUGUCACUCACAGACAUUUACAUAAGUAUAAAACAUGCACGUCUACACUUAACAACAUAUAUCUGCAUAUAUGUAUACAGACAUUUAUUCAAGUUUGUAGGUGGAAAGAUAAAAUUGUGUGCAGUGAUUGCCAUUUUUACCAAUGUUAGCAAAUGAUUAUGGAAAACUGAUGAAGUGAUAUAUACACAUCAAUAUAUGUAAAUCAGCAGCUUCGAUAUAUCAUGUCCCAGAGUAUGCCAUUCCAGCAUUACUCUUCAUUUUAUCAGAGUCUUAGCCAUUCCUCCUAUUUUGCAUUCAGUGGUGCAGUUGUCAUUGAUUCCAAACCUUUUUAUUUUAUUUCCUCUUUUUAUUUUUACUGUUGCUAUCAUUCCUCCAUAGAACCAAGUCAUUCCAUAUAUGUUGCUGGAUGCAGUGCCAUGUAAGGUGUGAGGUGCCUCUGCCGAGAGCUAUUAUUUUUUUUACAUUUUGGAAGGUUUGGCAUGGAUUCACUGCAAGAUCUGUAUGUGGAGAAUUAAUUCAGGCAAGUUUCCUGAGGCUGGAAGUAGCAUAUAAUUUUGGUUUAGUUCUCCCAUUCUCCGUUCCUUACCUCCCUUCCACCUUUUAUUUUUGAAGUUGCAGUUAGAUAUGAAGACUAGGAUUUAGGGUAUGUUGAGUAACUGCGCUAUGUGUAAAAAAAAUUGCGUCGCUAAUGAUUUUUGUUAAUUCGUGCUUUGUUCUUGGUGAAGGUAGUACUGGUUUACUGUGGUUUUGAUUAUACUUUUUAUAGCUUGCCCAACUUUUUAUUUUUUCGGUCACUAUGUUCCUUUAAAGCAAGAUUAGUUUUUUUUUAAAUGUUGAUAUAUUGUGAUUUAAGGAUUUUAAAGUAGAAAUAUUUUUAGGAUUAUUUAAAUAUUAUAAAAGAGCUUAAAAACAGAUGAUUGUCUUUUUAUUUUUUCAUAAUUUCCAUCUAUACACAAAGUGUAGCCAUGACUUUGGCACCCAGGUUUGUGAAGAAAUCUAGUGAAGGUUAUUUAACAUAUAAGAAAAAGAUAUCCUAUGCAACUCUACUUAUAUCUCAGUUUAUUCUUUGGUCUCAGAUGUGUUUGUAAAGUGAGAGAUUUUGCAUUACUCUUUGUAGUUGUGGAUGGUUGUGCGUUCUUGGAAACAGAUUGCAUUCCAUGACGUGUUAGAGGGAAAAAAAUUGUGUAAGUUAUAACAUAAAUAUAUUUAGCACUUGAUGAGUAUGCAAGGUAGCUGACACAGGUCAGGCAUUGGCUAAUUUUUUUUUUUUUUUUUUUUUUUCUGACCAUUAAAAAAAAAAAAUGUCCAAAAAGAUUUUAAUAUCAAACUCAAGCUUCUUUUAUUAACAUGAUAUCAAUGUUUGUAAUGCCAGCCUGACCUCAAAGCUUGAAAGCAGUAUCCAGUUUCCUGUCCAGAAGAUAUUUUCCCAAAAACUAUUAUAGAGCUUUGUUUAAGAUGAACAUAUUUUUUAUUUGAUGCAAUAAUGAAUUUUGCUUUAUUUUUAUUUAAUAAUUUUAUAGAAAUGGAAACCUAUUUAUCUAGAUUUAUGCUAAUGCUGGAGUGGCGGUUCAAAUUAUUUUCUUCAAAUUUUUUUUUUUUUUUUUUUUUCCUUUUUUUAUCUUUUUUUGAUAAACCAUCAGAUUGUAAUUUGUGUAAGAGGUCACGUAUAAUACCCACAAUUCCUUAAUAAAAAGGGAAGAAAAUACA